UUUAAGUAUCUUGAAAUGUGGCUUCCUUUGAAGCAGAGGAGGUGGCUGUCUUUAUUUUGUAGCCAAAGAAUAGAAUCAAUGUCCCGUUUGGUGUGUUCAGAGGUUUAGCUGCAGAUUUGUUAAUGUUUAUUUGAGUGCUUGGUUUUGGGUUUUGUUUAUUUUGUAUGGAUUUUGGAGUUGUGGGUUUAGAUGGGGUGGUGGUGGGUUCAUCAGACACAUCGGGUUUCUCUUCUCUUGCUGCUUCUUCAGAUGCUGAAACUAAGCAGAAAUGGUACGAAUCUGCUUCUGGAUUUAUACAUAAACAGGAGCGAUCUGCCAGUGAAACUGAUGAUGAAGAUUUGAGAACCUCUAAACUCCUUAAAACUUCUGAUCACUUUUCGUCUUCUUCUUCUACCUCUAAAGGAUUGCGACAAGCUGCAUCUCUGCUCAGAUCUAAUUCCCCUUUCUUUCUUUCUGAUUCUAAUCAAAGCCAUCACCAAAUGCUCUGUUUUUCAUCUCCCAAAACAGAGUCUUUUCCUUUAGAUAAGACUUCUUCUCUUUCCGGUGUUUCCCCUAAUUUCUACCAUUCCUCCGCCCCUAGAAAUGCAGGCUGCAAUUAUGGAGGUUUGAACGGCAGAAGCAUGCACUGCGGUGCUUUUAUUGGUGUUAGAGCUCCAUUUACUCAAACCCAAUGGAUGGAACUCGAACAUCAGGCUUUGAUCUACAAAUACAUUACUGCUAAUGUUCCUGUUCCUUCUAAUUUGCUUAUUCCCAUCAGAAAGGCCCUUGAAUCUGCCGGCUUUUCGACAUUUUCCGGCGGAUUUCUCCGACCUGGCACCGUGGGAUGGGGAUCUUUCAACAUGGGGUUUUCGAAUAGCAGUGAUCCUGAACCUGGACGGUGCCGUCGGACCGACGGGAAGAAAUGGCGGUGUUCAAGAGACGCAGUUGCCGAUCAGAAAUACUGUGAACGGCAUAUGAACAGAGGCCGCCAUCGUUCAAGAAAGCCUGUGGAAGGCCAAGCCGGCCACUCCCACUCCGUUUCCGGAGCUUCCAAUAUUACCACUGCCGCCACCGCUACUAAGCUGAUUUCUUCUUCAGCUUCUACGGCGGCAGUGCCCUGCAACAGCUCCCCCAACAGCCUCUCCUUUACUAACCAACACUUCAAGAACCUCCACCGCCCCGGAUCUCAUCCGCCUCCCUCCGCCGCCGCUCAAAUCAACAGAAUGUUAAUAACGAACAAAGAGAAUGGUGGCAUUGGGUUGAAUGAUUCAACAUCUGGUCUUUCUGUGCUGUCUCCUUCAAUUGACAUAAAGCAGUCCAAACAGCUUCCAUUUACAAUCCAGAAACAGCAAAACCCUUUUGAAGAAUCUCCAAGAGGAGCAGAGUUUGGGCUUGUUUCUUCCAAUUUUCUCCUUGGCUCCUCACAAAAGACCUCUUCUUUGAUGAACUACAGGGGUUUCAAUCCUUCAGAGGGCAUUACUAGUACUCAAGAAGCAGCUGAAACCCAACAUUCAUUUCGCCAAUUCUUCAACAAUUGGCCGAAGAACCAAUCUGAUAGCUCUUCCGUUUCGUGGUCUAACUCAAAUAUUGAUCCGCAAUCCGACAGGACUCAGUUAUCCAUAUCAAUUCCAAUGGCUACGUCGGAUUUCAGAUCCUCGACUUCAUCCCCGUCCAACGAGAAACUCACCCUUUCGCCAUUGAAAUCAUCGCAGGAGCUGGACCCAAUUCAAAUGGGAUUGGGAGUGGGGAAUGUAAUUGAUGAACCAAACAACAGGCAGGCAAAUUGGAUUCCCAUCUCAUGGGAGAGCUCGAUGGGUGGUCCACUCGGAGAGGUUCUUCAUAGCACAAACAACAAUGGUGGGGAAUUGAAAAGCUCGUCGAUACUCAACCUGAUGACUGAAGGGUGGGACAACAGUCCGUCACUAGGCUCGUCGCCUACCGGGGUACUGCAAAAGACGGCAUUCGGUUGUUUCUCAAACAGCAGCACAGGGAGCAGCCCAAGAACGGAAAACAAGACUCAUGAAGGAGGAGGAGGGGGCAGCAGCCAGUGCAGCGAUCGUUUUGUGAAUUCUUCUUCAUCUUUGCCUAGUGUUUGAGAAACAGGAUGAAGAAGAAUUUAAAUUUAUAUGUUUGUAUGUGCUGCAGACCUUCCAUAAUAGUUUGUCAGAAAAGAUCGUUUUCUGUUUGUGAAACUUUAUGGUGCUGUUUUCAUUUUCACCCACUCUUGAGGUUUUCAAUCAAUUUCUCUUCCUAAUCUCUGUCAUUGAAACGUUUUGUAAAAUCAUCCUCUAAUA